GUGAUAUAGCCCAUUCUUCCAAGAUGGCGGCACAUGUAAACAAUCAUUCGUCCGUUGCGUCGUUGCUUAGCUGGUCUUUGCGGUCAUUGGUGGCUAACUUCAGUUGCCAUGCCAACCACGUCCACAGCCUCCCCCCUAACAUCAAGGACAAGCUGGUCCAUCUCAUGAGUAAGAGGGGUGUCAUCAGGGAUGACAACAUCGGCAAGGUGGUUCACCAGAAGAUGCGAGAGUUGGACCUGAGCGAGAGCGAGGUCAGUGACCUCAGUCUGGAGCAGCUGUCCGUGUGCCGGAACCUCCGCAAGAUCGACCUGAACGCCGUGAAGGGGAACACCACAACGGUCACAACUGCAGGAAUCCUGUCGUUGGUACGGUCCUGUCACCUGUUACAGGUGGUUCACCUGCGCAGGUGUAUCGAGGUCACGGACGGCGCCAUCGUGGCUCUGUCAGAGAACUGUCAUCAGCUGAUGUGCCUGAACAUCGGAGGCUGCGCCAAGAUCACGGACCGGUCGUUAGAGGCACUGGGACAAAACUCCAGGAUGCUCAGAAGUAUCAACUUUGGACAUACUAAGGUAACUGAUGAUGGUGUCAUCAGCUUGGCUACGGGAAAAUGCAGACAGUGUCUGACGGAAGUCCACAUGGAUGGUUGCCAGCUGCUGACAGAUGAUGCAGUAGAGGUUAUUAUGGAGAGCUGUCCUCGCAUCUCCAUCCUCAUCUUCCACAGCUGCCCUAAAAUCACUGACCGUUCCAGAGUGGCCCUGGAAGAGUUGAGCGGCCCCAACUCCAAAAUGAAGCAAGUCACCUGGACCAUCUACUAAAGCAUGAAGCUUGUAAAGAGAUACCAAACAAUAGUCAGAUUUGGAAAGUGUAUGUAUAUAACACUAGUUCAUCUUUAUCCACGGGGUGACCUUUAUCCGUUGUCUUUAAAAACAGCACAUUUCGGAGUAAUAAGCCUGCGGACUGUGGUUCCAAAUUUGCAAUAUAUUCAAACUGUUCCGAUUUGAAAUCAUCAUAUCCCUAAAUAGGUUUUUUUUCCAAACAACGGAUUUAGGUCACCCUCGGAUUAAGGUGAACCAGCAUUACCAGGUUUGGAGAAGUUCAUCAGCCGGAAUGACCUGGGCAAGUGAAAGUGCUGAACGUGCAAGCACAUGUCCUACCCCACUUGCUCGAUUUUCCAUGAGUGAGAUUUUGCUUUGGUCAACAUAGAAAUAUAGAGCCAAUGAUAAAAGACUUCCUUUGCUGCAAGUGAAAAUACAUUAGAAAAAUGCCCUUCAAAUUUGGGGCACUUGAAAAGUUGGUUUUGGCAUGUACUUGUCUGAUGUAGGAGAAGUGAAUUUCUGAAAACUUGUCCAACGCUGUUUACAUGUAAGCCAUGCUGUUCAUGUGUGCCAAUGUGUUUGCGGUUUCCUUCCAGCACAUUUCAUUUGUAAAUUGCGUUUUUGAGCAGUGGUUGAAGACUACAAUAAUAUUAUGUUUGGAAGCUUUUGAAGAGAAUUUGUACAAUGUAAAGAAAGCUAAAGGUAUAGAGAAAGGCUUCUACAUUUGCGUAUAUUCUAUGAUGAUAAGAGGCGUCAUAAGUGAAGUGUACAAUUUUCAGAAGUCUUUUAUUUUUCUAUACAUUGUAAUUGCAGAGAGUACUUUGUAAUUCUUUUACAUUGUAUGUCAUAGAUAUAUUGCAGAGUUUAUUCAAUUGUAACUUACUGGUAUUGUUAUAUUAGAAAUUCUUAGAGACACAUUCUUGCCAUGAACUAUCAUAUAUUUGUUGCUUCUAACAGUUUGCAGUAACUGUUGAAUUCUUGAUCUUGGUCACGCUUACAACAAGAAUUGUGACAUUGUUAUGUACAAUAAAACACUAACUCACUGACACUUCUAUCAAAUGAUAUCUAAUUGCUUAGUUGCACAAAUGGCUCAAACACACUACAUGAAAAAAAAUAUGGCUCACAGCAUGCACAACAUUUUUGAUUUGCAACAAUACUCUUCCUGUUGUAAGAUCAGAUGAACUUAAGAGCGAUAUAUUGGACAUAAUCAAAAAUUAUGGACAUUCUUUAAAGUAACUGUCCAUCGUACUGGAAAUUUACCUUGGUCAUCCCAUAGUUGAACAACAUACUUUUUUGCACAAAACGGUAUGAAAACAAGAGAAUUGACUUCUUAGCACAACAGCCAUAAAAUUUACUUCAGUCCUGGACAUCAUAGAUUUGGGCGAUAUGGCCAAGACAAUUAAUAUAUUCCUAAUGUAGCAAAACGAAUCUCAU